AUGGCAUCCCCCAGAACCGUAACUAUCCUGGCCCUCUCAGUGGCCCUGGGACUCUUCUUUGUUUUCAUGGGGACUAUCAAGUUGACCCCCAGGCUCAGCAAGGAUGCCUACAGUGAGAUGAAGCGUGCUUACAAGAGCUAUGUCCGGGCCCUCCCUCUGCUGAAGAAAAUGGGGAUCAAUUCCAUUCUCCUCCGAAAAAGCAUUGGUGUCCUUGAGGUGGUCUGCGGCAUCGUCAUGACCCUUGUGCCUGGGCGUCCCAAAGAUGUGGCCAACUUCUUCCUACUCUUGCUGGUGUUGGCUGUGCUCUUCUUCCACCAGCUGGUUGGUGAUCCUCUCAAACGCUACGCCCAUGCUCUGGUGUUUGGAAUCCUGCUCACCUGCCGCCUGCUGAUUGCCCGCAAGCCUGAAGACAGGUCUUCUGAGAAGAAGCCCCGGCCACGGAAUGCUGAGGAGCAACCCUCCUUAUAUGAGAAGGCCCCUCACGGCAAAGUGAAGGUGUCAUAG